AUGGACUGUCACGUCGCGGCGCCACAGGAGAUUGGACCUUUCCUCCUGAACCAAAGUCUGAAGUGGUCCUGGCAUCAUCCGGCAGGACGUUUUCACACCCUGACCUGGGGCACCGCCAUCGACCAUCAGAUGAAUGUCUACCUCUCGGCUGCCGAUGGGCUGCGAAAGUUCGACAAGGAUGGGAAGCAGCUAUGGGAAGUGAAUGUGCUCCCUGCGAAUCUCAUGAACGCCCCUGCCAUUUAUCAAGGCUCCGUCUUUACCAGUGACACCGGCGGUGGGGUGCGAGCGGUGAGCAUGCAGACGGGCAAGCCGGCGUGGUUCACCAACACCUCCAAGGCCAUCUGCCAAGACAACGGAUUUACCAUGGUGCACGAGGGCGUGGUCUUUUCUGCCGGUGAUUGCCGUGCCUUGAACGCCAGCGAUGGAGAGAUUCUGUGGACCUUCGAACCUGACGUGCCAGUGUGGAACUUUCUGGCCUUGUUCCCGGACAAGGAAACGAUGAUUUUCCAAGACAUGACCGGAAAAAUCUACCGCAUGAGUCUGGGCGGCCAAGUGCUGUGGAAGGCCGGCGGCAAGGAGGGCACCUGGACCGACGGCGGCGCGUCGCUGGGCAACGGCAUGGUUUUUGCCGUGAACAACAACCAUCCUUUCUAUAGCAAAGAAUUCUCGGGGGAAGACACGCCUGGUACUUUGAGCGCCUUUGACAUGGACGGACAUCUCAGGUGGCAGGUGACUACUCCACGUCCCCCCAACAAUGCCCCGGCCAUUGGCAAAGUGGCUGGUUGGCCCAGCAUGUCGCUGAUCCUGCCCCUGUGUCAUCAGGGCUGGCCAGGAGCCAGCUGCGAUGUCCAUGCUUACGAUGCCAACACAGGAGGAUUGCGUUGGGUCUUCCAUGGACCUAAACAAACAGGAAAUUUUCAAGCAGGCGACGCUGAAGGUGUGGGCGACCGAUUGAAGUCCGGUUUGCGGCCCAUGUGCCUCCCCAACGGCUGGAGUGCUCCAACGAUCUCUGGAGAUGGAACUGUCUUUGUGGGCAACGAGAUGGGAAACCUCUAUGCUUUGAGAGACCUUGAUGGCGACGGGCGAGUCUUCGGAGACAACGAGGUCUCCUACUUCGACACCCACGGGGCCUUUUCGGGCACCGCCACUCCCGCCUUGGCUGGGAACAUGGUGGCAGCUGCUGCUGGGAUUUCCCAUGGAUGGUCGGAAAAUCGCCACGAACUCGACAAUCCAUGGUUUUAA